GGAGAGAAGUGAAGAGAGACAGGUGGUCCAAUUGCCCAGGAGAAAAGGGGGCACAGCCUCCAUCACAGCAGAAAAGAUUCAGGACAGACAGAGAAGUUAGAGGCUGGGAAGUUGUUCACUCUCAGGUUUGUGAGGAGACAACUAAGCUAAAAAGUUUUCUGUGGAGGUAUAACAUGGCAAUGGAAUAAAAGGAGAGGAAAAGGGUCAUUUUAAUGUUCCAGUCAGAGGUGAGGAUUAGAAAUUUCAGGAGUCAACUCAGAAAGCCUUCAAUGGAGGUGAAGUUUGAAGAAAAAAAUGAGGGCAAUGAGAGCCUUGUAGGAAAUGGUCAGCCCUACCUGAGUCAGAAGCUGGGGAACUGGAAACCAGAGGCAAAUGAGAAAGCCGAGCCUUCUGUAAAGCAGGAGGCAAAUGGGAAGUGUUGUGACACGCCCAGAAAAAUGCUCAACACCUACAGCUGGCAGGAGAUCCAGAGUCACAAACAGAAGGCAGAUCAGUGGCUGGUAAUCAAUCGCAAGGUCUAUGAUGUCACUGGCUGGGCCAACAGGCAUCCAGGUGGGUCCCGGAUCCUCAACCACUAUGCCGGGGAAGAUGCUACGGAUGUCUUCAGAGCCAUGCACCCGCAGCUUGACGUUGUGCAGUUGUACCUUAAGCCCCUGUUCAUCGGAGAGCUUGCCCCUGGAGAGCCCAGCCAGGAGAGAAACAAAAAUUCCCAGUUGGUGGAAGAUUUCCAAGAAUUGCGGAGGAAAUUAGAGGAUAUGAAUAUGUUCAACGCCAAUCUGGGGUUCUUUUUCCUUCACUUUGCCCAGAUCUUGAUUUUGGAAGCCCUGGCUUGGCUAAUGCUGUGGCAUUUUGGCAAUGGCUGGUGUAUUACAAUAUUCACUUCCUUUCUUCUCACAAUUUCUCAGGCUCAGAGUGGAUUUUUACAGCAUGAUGCAGGACACCUAUCCAUAUUUAAAAAGUCCAAUUGGAACCGCCUGAUGCACAAAUUUCUGAUAUGUCAUCUCAAGGCCAUGUCGAGAAACUGGUGGAACAGUGGACACUGGCAGCAUCAUGUAAAAACGAACAUCUACCACAAAGACCCAGAUGUUAAUUUACUACCACUAUUUCUGGUUGGAGAUUUGCAAGCUGUUGAGUGUGGCAAGAAGAAAAUUAAAUACAUCAAUUAUGAGAAGCAGCACCUGUACUUCUACAUGGUUCUUCCCUUCACCAUGCCUAUAUAUUCCCACUUCCUAACCAUGUGGCAGAUAGUCCGGCAAAGGUGUUGGGAGGAUGUGGCCUGGAUCAGCACUUUUUACAUCCGCUUUUUCAUCACAUUUGGCCCUUUCUAUGGCAUCUUUGGAACCGUGUGCCUCAUCUAUUUGGUCAAGUCUCUUGAAAGUCCCUGGAUAACAUAUGUCACCCAGAUGAGCCACCUGUCAAUGCAAAUGAGCAGAGAAGAGAAUCGGGACUGGGUCAGCACUCAGGUCUUGGCAAGCUGUAAUGUGGAACAGUCCUUUUUCAACGACUGGUUCACAGGGCACCUGAACUUCCAAAUUGAGCACCAUCUAUUCCCCACAAUGCCGCGCCAUAAUUAUCACAAGGUGGCACCUCUGGUGAGGUCACUGUGUGCCAAGCAUGGACUGCAAUAUGUGAACAAGCCCAUGUUGAAGGCGUUUGGAGAUAUUGUCAGGGCACUGAAGAAAUCUGGAGCCCUCUGGAAGGAUGCUUACUACAAAACAGGGAAACAUGAUGAAGAAUCUCAGACUUAAUAUGCACGCAAUUGCAUCUCUGAAGGGGGUUGGUGAAUGUGCAAGAGUUCUUUCCUCUUUAACUGUGAGCACCAUUGGCAUACCUGAGUGUGCCAGGAGUGUGAGUUCCAAGAACACAUGGUUACCUCCUUCCCCGAAGAUUUUCUCAGCAAAUAAGAAGCAGAGGAAACACAAAAUGGCUUUGGUCAGGGUGACAAAAGGGAGAUAGGAGGCAAUGUUUUCACUUUUUCAAAAGGAUCUUGAACUUAUUUCUACCAGUAUGCCUUAGUCAGAUUAUGUUGGUCACCCGGCAUGAAUUGAGGGACCAGGCAAAAGCUUUACUGAUGAAGAAGGCAUAGGCCAAAGUGGGCCAGAGCAGAGACCUCUAAUGGGGUACUUUGGAGAACAGUGCAACUGCGUUUAGAAGAGAGUCAUGUAUUCAAGAAGUUCCUACUGAAGCACAAAUUUUUGCUUAUUCCUCUUUCAAAUGUGUCAACUUCAUUUUCAUUCAAAAUUAACUAUAAUUAUCAUUAAAGCCUCUUAAUAUUUCAAUAUUCACCUUAGAUUUUCAUUAUUGUACAUGGCUAUGCAUAACAAAUGUGUAUAGUUACAUAUUUGCUGUCCAAGUUAUAAAAUCUCUUAAAGGAGCUUUCCACAUCCAGGCACAAUAGCAACUGUUCAAGCAGGUCGAGUUUCAAUAUUUAAAGGUGACUAGUGUUCUGCUAAAGAAUAGACUGUUCCUGAGUGUAAGAUUUGUUUGCCUAAUCUCUACUGACCAGAGCAGAAAUAUGGUACCUCAUUAUUUGGUGACCCUAAUGAAAGAGAGAGAUUUGUUUUCUAGAAUGUAGCCCCCAGGCUAUGUCAAGGCAUUUUGCAAGCUUGGCAUCAAAUUAGGCAUGUCUUAGGAUGAGAAGGUUUCAAUGCUAGAGGAUGAGUGGACAUUCUCAGUAGUAUACUAAUACUGAGAGUCUGUGCUUCUGCUCAUGUAAUCAUGGGGGCAUGUUAAAGCUGACCUCAGCUGCACGGAGGGAAUGCAUAAUAUCAUAAGCUUCCAUUCUCAUCUCCAAGUGAGCCAACACUAUUUGUUUCUCCAUGUCUUGCAUUCUACCAGGGAGCGUUUCAUUCCCUUCCUCCAAACACUGAAAUAUGCUCUGUCUGUUUGUUUCAUAAUUAAAUCCCUGGAUUCAGAAACAAAGACCCUGUGGCAGAAGAGAAUGUGAUGACUUGAAAGAAGCCACUGGGGCUGAGGCAGAGUGCACAAGGGCCAGAGUGGUACAAGGUGGGGCAAUGAAUGACAAUACGUUAAAUUGCUCAGCAGUCCUGGGGAUUAAGCCAUGCACGUCAAAGCUAAGAAAAGAACAACUGUGUGUCUUGGAGAAUUGGACAGUGAAAUGGUAAUAAUAUCAAAUAAAGAAUAUCAAAUAGGGAAAUUGAGCAGAGAAUGCAAAGGAAAAAAGGCUUUAUUGACUUCAUGAUUGUCAUAGUGCAGCCAUGUACCACAUAAUGAAGUUUCAGUCUAUUAUGGACAGAAUAUGUGACAAUGGUACCAUAAAAUUGCGAUGGAGCUGGAUAAUUCCUAUCACCUAGUGAUGUCAUAGUUGUCAUAACAUUGUAGGACAACAUGUUACUCACAUGUUUGUGAUGAUGCUGGUAUAAAGAAAUCUAUGGCUCUGCCAGUCAAAUAAAAGUAUACCCUGUACAAUUAUGUACAGUAAACAAUACUUGAUAAUGAUAAUAAAUGACUAUGUUACUGGCUUAUGAUAGUCUACUAUACUAUAGUUUUAUCCUUAUUUUAGUGUGUGCUCUUUGUACUUAUGAAAGAAAUUUAGUUUAAAACAGUAUGCCGUGUUAUACCAGCAGCAGCCUCAUAAGUCUCAUGUUGCCUAGGUACAAUAGGUUAUACCAUAUAGACUAGGUGUGUAGAAGACUAUACCAUCUGGGUUUCUGUAGUACACUCUGUGGUGUUCACACAAUCAUGAAAUUGCCUAAUGAUGCAUUUCUCAGGAUGUACCCUCAUCGUUAAGUGAUAAGGACAUUUUAAGGCCUGGAUGGAUCUGGCAAGAGACGGCAUUCCUUCUGCUGGUGGAUCUAUAGAUGACUUCUCCUGCCUAUAGUCGAGGCUGCAAGUGGGAUUUGGGUACAGUGGUUGGUUUUCUGUCUGAUCUGGUCCAAUUUCCAGAGAUGCUCGAGUAUCGUAUGCUGUCCUGGUCACUAGAUAUAUCAAGGCGUUGAUUCCUCAUUGUCAAAGCUGGUCAGCUUUGUAGUUCCCCAAAUGGAAUAUGUUGUAGGCAACUGAACAAUCCUGGGAGAUUUCAAAAGAUUAUGUAGGGGAAAUGUGAAAUCAGUUAAAAAAUAUGCUUGGUAAGAAUAAAACGUGUAUGAUGGAGUAAAUUUUAA